CCCUUGCCCGGACCUGGCGUCUCCCAGGAUGGCUGCCCCGAGCCAUGGGCCGCGGCGGAGCUAGCGCGGAGCGCCCGACCCUCGCCCCCCGAGUGCCGCAGCCGGCCCCGCGCGGGGCCACUCGUCCCGCGGGCGCUGGUUCCUAAGGACAACGACAGCACCAGCUUUUCCUCUCUCCCUUUCCUUCCCUUCCCCGCACUCCUCCCCCUGCUCGCUGUUGUUGUGUGUCAGCACUUGGCUGGAGACUUCUUGAACUUGCAGGGAGAAUAGCUUGCGCUCCCCACUUCGCUUUGGUGCCUUUGCCCCAGCGGACCCAGCCUCGCCGUCUCUGAACCCCGCGCACCUCCACUCCGCCGCCGGGCCCGACCCCGAGACGCCGUUCCCUGCGCGAGGAGGACUGCCCCGCCGGCACCCGGGAGGAGGAGGUGGCAAAGGAAGGGAACCCAGUCCCUGCGCCAGGUCCUUCGACCAGAGCUUUUUCCAUGUGGAGGCUCUUUCAAUGGACGUGUCCCCGCGUGCUUCUUAGACGGUCUGCGGUCUCCUAAAGGUCGACCAUGGUGGCCGGGACCCGCUGUCUUCUAGCGUUGCUGCUUCCCCAGGUCCUCCUGGGCGGCGCGGCCGGCCUCAUUCCCGAGCUGGGCCGGAGGAAGUUCGCGGCAUCAACUGGCCGCUCCUCGUCCCAGCCCUCGGACGAAGUCCUGAGCGAGUUUGAGUUGCGGCUGCUCAGCAUGUUCGGCCUGAAGCGGAGACCCACCCCCAGCAGGGACGCCGUGGUGCCCCCCUACAUGCUGGACCUGUAUCGCCGGCACUCGGGCCAGCCGGGCGCCCCCGCCCCCGACCACCGGCUGGAGAGGGCAGCCAGCCUCGCCAAUACCGUGCGCAGUUUCCACCACGAAGAAUCUGUGGAAGAACUGCCUGAAAUGAGUGGAAAAACAACCCGGAGAUUCUUCUUUAAUUUAACUUCUAUCCCCACCGAUGAGUUUAUCACCUCAGCAGAACUUCAGGUUUUUCGGGAACAGAUGCAGGAAACUUUGGAAAACAAUAGCAGUUUCCAUCACCGAAUUAAUAUUUAUGAAAUUAUAAAACCUGCAACAGCCAACUUGAAGUUCCCUAUGACCAGACUGUUGGACACCAGGUUGGUGAAUCAGAACACAAGCAGGUGGGAGAGUUUUGACGUCACCCCUGCUGUGAUGAGGUGGACCGCACAGGGACUCACCAACCACGGAUUUGUGGUGGAAGUGACCCACUUGGAGGAGAACCAAGGUGUCUCCAAGAGACACGUCAGGAUUAGCAGGUCUUUGCACCAAGAUGAGCACAGCUGGUCACAGAUCAGGCCACUGCUAGUAACUUUUGGCCACGACGGGAAAGGGCACCCUCUCCACAAAAGAGAAAAGCGUCAAGCAAAACACAAACAGCGCAAACGCCUUAAGUCCAGCUGUAAGAGACACCCUUUGUAUGUGGACUUCAGUGACGUGGGGUGGAAUGACUGGAUCGUAGCUCCCCCAGGGUACCAUGCCUUUUAUUGCCACGGGGAAUGCCCUUUUCCCCUGGCAGAUCACCUGAACUCCACUAAUCACGCCAUUGUUCAGACGUUGGUCAACUCUGUUAAUUCUAAAAUUCCUAAGGCAUGCUGUGUACCAACGGAACUCAGUGCUAUCUCCAUGCUGUACCUUGAUGAAAAUGAAAAGGUCGUAUUAAAGAACUAUCAGGACAUGGUUGUGGAGGGUUGUGGGUGUCGUUAGCACAGCAAAAUAAAAUAAA